ACGUGACAGAUGAAGACCAAUGAAAGUGAACCUACAUAACAAUAAUCGACAACAAACAGUAGCGGAUUGACGGCUCUACAGUAUCUACAGUAUUGUAUCAAUAUUCUGUUUUUGUUGCACUUGUUUUUUUUGGUCGACUGAUUUAUUGACUCUUGGUGCGACGUUUAAAUAUUAAUUAGUCAACUGUGUGUUCUUUGGAAUCUGACGCUUAGCACACAACGUCGCAGAUGCUGUACGAUAAAUCCAACGAUCGUGCGAUAUACAUUAUACAUUGUAUUUUUUGAUGUACAGCGGAGUAUUUUGUUUUGGGAUAUCUGUCCUUGCGAUUGUAAAAAAUGAAGGACUUUUAUCAAACAACUUAUUGGGGCAGUGGCUGCCUGCUUGCUAGCUAGAUCUCUCAUGGUCGGACGCACUUGAGCCCAGCGGGGGUCCUGGAGGGGAGCGGACUAUGAUCAAUGGAGAAGUCGCGGAGGUUGACGCUCUAACAUGCUAGGACGAUGUUCAAAAAUGUAUUCGGCUCAGGGUUCCUUGUACGAACAGCUCAUGUUAUUUUGACAUGGGUCAUCACCCUCAUCCUGUUCCUGCAUGAUACAGAUCUGCGGAAGCAUGAAGAGAAUGGCAGGCUUGUUCAGCCCGUGCUCUUCGUCCUGCUGGUGCUGGUGUCCGUCUUGCUUUAUUUCGCCGUCUCCCUGAUGGACCCUGGAUUCAUCCUCAACGAUGACAACGGUUUGCAGUUCACCCUGGGGACUACAGAGGAGCAGCAGGACAUGAUCCCCCCCCCCACCUCCAAGUCCCUGCGCCAGCGCCGCUGCGGACACUGCCUGCUUCAGCAGCCAAUGAGGUCCAAGCACUGCCAGACGUGUCAGCACUGCGUGCGCCGCUACGACCACCACUGCCCCUGGAUCGAGAACUGCGUGGGCGAGCGCAACCACCGCUGGUUCGUGCUCUACCUGGCCGUCCAGCUGCUGGUGCUGCUGUGGGGGCUGCACAUGGCCUGGACGGGCUUCAGUGCGGCGGACUCGUGGCAGGCGUGGCUGCGCUCCAACGGCGUGCUGCUGGCGGCGGCGGCGGCGGUGGCCCUGCUCUCGCUGACGGUGCUGCUGCUGCUGGGGUCCCACCUCUACCUGGUCUCCCUCAACACCACCACCUGGGAGUUCAUGUCCCGCCACCGCAUCUCCUACCUGCGUCACUGCGGCGCCGACGAGAACCCCUUCGACCGCGGCGCCGCCCACAACCUGUGGGGCUUCUUCUGUGCGCCGGGUGGGUCCGCGGUGGUGUGGGAGCAGGUGUACUUCAGAGAGGGCAGCGACCCUGUGUGACCGACCCCGGAGGGACCCGCCAUCGCAAAGGGGACAUUUUCUUACUUUUUUUUUAAGAUUAGCUUUCUUUUUAGACAGGAAAGUAUGGGAGAGAGGGGAGGAAUUGCACCAAAGGACCAUGGGAAGGAUUCGAACCCGGUUCGCUGUGAUCAGGACUGAGCCUGUAUUGUACAUGCUCAACCUGGUGAGGGGCGCCCCGUAGGGGGGUGUGUGUGUGUGUGUGUGUGUGUGUGUGUGUGUGUGUGUUCUGCUUCCCUGUAUUAGAUGCGUCUCAAAGGGAAACCGGCAAUGAGAGCACAUGGCAGCAGUCGGAACCAGAUCAAAUCCAAUCCGCCCCAGCUGAGGUGAACCCGUUCCAGGGUUUGUGGUCAACUGGUUACAUUGAGUGGGAAAAGUGAAGAUGUACUCGAAUUAAUUUGAAUUUUUUUUUUUAAUCAUUCUGAAAUAAGCGAAUACUAUGACAUGAAAUAAGCUAAGACGUAGAUAUAGUCUGUUUCAUUCGUUUAUACUUUAUUAGGGGACUAAUACUGUUUGCAACAAACUGUGUUUCAUUAUCAAACAAUUGUUUACAAUCUUUAAAGUAUAUUAUAUAAGCAACAACCGAUAUUGUUUUGGUGUAUAUCCUUUGCGUUUAAGUGUGUAGUUUGAGUGGUUUGGCGAAGGAUUGUAAAACCCCUGUAACACACAAGCUUACAAUGACUUGUUUAUGCACUUCCAUCCUACUGGACCUUACCCCUGCCCUUCAUGGACUUUUACUUGAAAUGGAAAUUUACUGAAAUGGAAACUUGCGUAACGGUUUGAUAGCUCUCCCAAGCAUGCAUACCAGAUCAAAAUCCAUCCUUGGCAGAUUUAUUUUCUAUACUCUUGAUGUACCGUUUACACUUUAGUGAUUCGUGGUUGUUUUGAUAUUAUCUGUGGUGUGUUUUAUUAACUCUACACAAAAAUAACUUUACAGGGUUCAUUUUGCACAAUUAUUUUUUUUCUACUACUGUAAUUGUAUUUAAUUAUGUUUUGAGUACUUUGUUAAAAAGUGUAUUUUUGUUUAGUACAAUCCUUGUGUGCUACAUUUUCCGAGAGUAAGCAUUUCAAUCGAUUUUGUAUUUUUGACUACUAUUUUGAAAUAGAGGUUUUAAGAGGUUUGACUUUUGUAUUUGUAGUUUUUAAUACAGCUACUUAAAAUCCCCCAUGCAUUGUUUGGUAUUCCCAUGAUGGCUUUUCCCUGUGAAAUAGAUAUUCUAAAGCAAUAAAUGUAUUUAACUUACAGUAUCUGUUAACUGAAAAAGUGCUAAAUGCAAGUUAAUGUCAGUGAAAGAUGUUGUGGAAACAAAAUGAUAACAUUUGUGUGCUUAUCUUUAUUUUAUAAUGGUUAUAAAAUUAAUAUGAAUAAAAAACAACCAUUGUUUGAUGGAUCAGAAUUUAUUUCGAUUUCCCUUCAUUGAUUAAAUCAAUAGUCUUUCAUGGCAUUUUGAAACACAAUAGUUAGCUACAUUUCAGGUACUGGCCGAUGAUCAAAUUUGCCCAACAAGUACGACAGAAUUGAAUACCAAUAGUUGUCCACUACAUAAUAUUCAAAUAUUAUACAUUAGAACAAUAUGACCUACAAUUCAACAUUCAGAUGACAUCUAACUUCUUUGUAAACCAAUAUAAAUGUCUAGUGUUAUAGGGGAGGCAGUAUUGGCCCAUUUUAGAAUAUUUGUCAUGUUGAUUUUUAUAUGGGCACUUCAGACAUUACAUACUAUUCAAAUUAUGCUAAAAACUAGUUGAAAGUUACAAAUUCAACAAUAAGCAGACCA